ACAUAGGCGGGGUUUGUCCAUAUUUAGCUAUUUAGGCAACUAGUGUGGGUUAACUGCUAGUUAGCCAUAUAACUUACCUGUGAAGGUCUGUCUUGAUUAAUAGCCAGUUAGAAUGCAGGCGCUGCAUGCUGACAACUGAACGAUGGAUAGCUGUAGCUAGAUGGCUAGCUGACGUUAACUAGCUAAAAAUGUUAACUAACUAGCUGACUUGUGUCGUGAAAUAAUAGUACAACCAGUAUAAUUGGAGGCAUCAUAAUGUUCCCUUUUAGUUGGUAAGUUACCUCUGUACUUUGUGGAAUGGCUUGUUUAAUAACACUAUUUCAAAUUGUUUUGUUCCCCUGACACUUGCCCUAGAAUAUUUGUAUAAUUCCAUGUUGUAGCAGAUGUUUUAAUGUCACAUGCACAAGUAACGUUACAGCGAAAUGCUUUUCUUGCAAACUCAACCCAAUAAUCAAUAACAAUGUAAUACUAGGGGAAAAAACACGAGAAAUAUGAAAAACUCAAUAAGUAAGCAUACUAUAUACAGGGUCAGUUCCAAUACAAUAUUUAGAAUGUGCAGGGAUACUGGAGUGAUGGCGGUAGAUAUGUAUAGGGGUAAGGUGACUAGGCAACAGGAUAUAGUAUAAACAGAGUAGCAGCAGCUUGUGGGUGUGUAGUUUGUAUAAAUGUAUGUGCAUGUUAUGUGUGAGGGGGUAGGGCCCUGUUAGUGCAAAAAAUAUAUAUAUAUGUAAUUCAUUCAUCCCCUUGAUCUAAUGGGUGACUCUAUGGGGAAAACCACUUACCGCACCCAUUUUUGGACUAUGUUUAAGUACCAAUGAGAUACUCAACACGCACACCUGACAGAGGCAUUCUAAUUAUAGUGGCUAGCUAGCUACUCUGUCAGAGAAGAUUCCAGGCUAUCACACUUGCAAUGCCAUGAAAUAAUUUAGCAAGUAGAUAAACCUGGACUUAUACUUGUGAAAACAACAGACACAACUGACACUUCAGUGACAUUUUAACUGGUGUCUAUCACACGUGAGAUAAGAAUCUAACUGCACUGCACUGCAGUAAAGAUGUUCCAGGCCUUUCUAGGGGAUACUAAGUACAUUUUCGAGAAUAACCGCACACCUCCAGCAUUGUGAGGCCUUUUAUAUUCAUAUAAGUCACAUACAACACUAGAUAAACAUCACACAUUCAUAUAAGUUAACAAUGAGACAUCUUCGCUCAUAAAAAUACCUCAUCAGAUCAUAAAAUAGUGGGGCAGGGUGGGGCAUUCAUUCUUCUGGGGAAGUAUUCUAAAUGCGGGCCGUUACAGAAGUGAGUGAAUUAUAGGAUUAGUAGGGUAUUAAUCAACCCCAGAUUUAAAAAAAAAUAAUGGAGGUAUCCUCACUGUCAUGAUUCAAGGGUUAAUUUAGUGCACUGCACAGGAUGAUGUCACACAAACAUCGUACUCUGGAAUGCUGUUCUGUGGUCAUUCAAUCUGUUGUGUAAUGUGACAGUAUUUACAAGACUAUUUCAGUCUGUUCUGGUGCUUUCAUCACAGAUUCCCCAGUCACAGAUGGCCCAAGUGUACACAACUUGAUAUCAGGACUUCUUUGCCACAACGGACUGUAAUCCUGUUGACCUGGUCCACACCAGGAGUGGGGCUAGAGGGGAGCGUUGGCAAUGCUGUGUUGGGGAAAUGCUUCCUUCGGUCAGCUAGGUUUGGGCGGGAUUGAUGAGGAGAUUGUGGUGGAGCCCCGGAAAUGUGAUUUCUUUCAUGGGAAGCAGGUGUGCGAUAUCGGAUGUGGCCGACGGCACACCACAUUUCUACUGGGAGACGGGACUGUGUACACCUGUGGCUGCAAUGACAUUGGGCAGCUGGGGCACGAGAAGUCUCGAAAGAAACCAGAGCAGGUUGUGGCACUAGAUGCACAGAACAUUGUGGCAGUGUCAUGUGGGGAGGCCCAUACACUCGCACUGAAUGACAAAGGACAAGUGUUUGCAUGGGGCUUGGCCACAGAUGGACAGCUGGGCCUUAUAAACUUUGAAGAUUGUGUACGUGUGCCCAGAAACAUCAAGAGUUUAUCAGAUGUAGAAAUUGCUCAGGUAGCCUGUGGAUAUCGGCACUCCCAUGCUCUGUCUAGAGGAGGCCAAGUCUAUUCAUGGGGACAAAACCGAUACGGACAACUAGGGCUGGGAGUAGCUGGACAAGGCAUCUCUACUCCCCAAGUCAUCCAGUCUUUACAGGGGAUUCCCUUCAUCCAGAUCUCAGCAGGGGGUGCUCACAGCUUUGCCCUCACAUUCUCAGGGGCCGUCUUUGGCUGGGGGCGCAACAAGUUUGGGCAACUCGGCCUCAAUGACAACAAUGAUCGGUAUUAUCCAGCCCUGCUCAAGUCCCUCAGGUCACAGAGGGUUAUCUACAUCUGCUGUGGGGAGGACCACACUGCCGCACUUACAAAGGAAGGAGGUGUGUUUACAUUUGGAGCAGGAGGGUAUGGCCAGCUUGGACAUAACACUACAAACCAUGAGAUCAACCCCAGGAAGGUGUUUGAGCUCAUGGGAAAUGUAGUCACACAGAUAUCCUGUGGAAGACAGCACACUCUGGCCUUCAUCCCCUCCUCUGGAAAGAUGGAUUCAUUUGGGCUGGGAGGGAACGGGCAGCUCGGUACACGCUCCACAUCCAACAGGAACAGCCCUGCCCCAGUCAAAGGCCCCUGGGUGGCCUACAACGGCCCGACGCCCACAAACACAGACAUGGAGCAGGGCUGCUGUGUUAAGAGGAUCUAUGCUGGAGGGGACCAGAGCUUUGCCCACUAUUACACGCCCCAGAACCCUCUGGUGCCUGACGACAUCAGAAUACCAGAUCCCAGAAGACACAUAUGCACCUUAUCUGCUGAACUCACUCAGAGAUGGCUGAACCAUUAUACACACGGAAGACUCCCACAAGAGAUUUCCAACGAGAUUGAUCUUGUGUUUUCCUCUGCAAGUUGCCUCAAUGGAAGCUUUCUGGCUGGGAGCCAUCCAGAUCACUACAACACAAGCAGUAAAUGCUCAGGGGUGGACGUGAACAUGGCUCGCCUCUUGUUUCACAGAGUCGUUCAACAUGACUAUCCAGAAAUUGCACAGCAGAUUGCAGCCAGUCUGGAAAAGAACCUGAUUCCCAGACUAAGCAGCUCCCCUCCAGACAUCGAGGCGCUGAGACUCUACCUCACCCUGCCAGAGUGUCCUCUCUUCAGCGACCAAAACACAUACGUGACUCUGGCCAUCCCUUUUGCCAAGGCACUCAUCAGUCUGAAAGAGGCUCCACUGAAGGUGCUUGGUAACUGGUGGUCCCAAUUCGAAGCCCCAGUCUUCCAGAGGCUAGUGGAGCUGUAUAAGGUGGUGGUGGUGUACCUGCUGAAGAUGCACAAGGUGGGAGUCCCCCACUCAGAGCAGAGGGUCUUCACCUGCUUCCUGGACACGGCACUCAAGCUCCUGGAGAUCCUACACGCUGUGAACGAACGAGCCGGACAUAUUAUACAGUACGACAAAUUCUACAUUCACGAGUUGGAUGACCUGAUAGACAUCCGAAACGACUACAUCACAUGGAUUCAACAGCAGAUGUACUCUAUGGCUCAUGACAGUGCGGUCACCCUCUGUAAGUACCCCUUCGUGUUUGAUGCCCAGGCAAAGACCACCCUGCUUCAGACUGAUGCUGUUAUUCAAAUGCAGAUGGCAGUGGACCAGGCGCAGCGGCAGAACUUCAGCUCCAUGUUCCUUCCCGUGGUGGAGUCUGUUAACCCCUGCCUCAUCCUCAUUGUGAGGAGGGAGAACAUCGUCGGGGACACCAUGGAGGUCCUCAGGAAGUCCAAGAACGUCGACUACAAGAAACCUCUGAAGGUGAUCUUUGUUGGAGAAGAGGCGGUCGAUGCAGGGGGUGUGCGGAAGGAGUUCUUCCUUCUCAUCAUGAGAGAGCUUCUGGACCCCAAAUACGGCAUGUUCCGAUACUACGAGGAGUCCAGGCUGAUCUGGUUUGCAAACAAGACGUUUGAGGACAUUGACCUGUUCCACCUCAUCGGGGUCAUCUGUGGGCUGGCCAUCUACAACCUCACCAUCGUGGACCUCCACUUCCCAGUGGCCCUGUACAAGAAGCUGCUGAAGAGGAACCCCACGUUGGAUGAUCUUAAGGAGCUGAUGCCUGAUGUGGGGAGGAGUCUGCAGCAGUUACUAGACUACACAGAGGAUGAUGUUGAAGACACAUUCUGCUUGAACUUCACAGUUACAGUGGAAAACUUUGGCGCCACAGAGGUCUUGGAACUGGUUCCAAAUGGCAUGGAUAUCUGUGUUGACAACUCAAACAGGCCUGAGUUUGUCUCUGCAUACGUGGACUACAUCUUCAAUAAAUCAGUGGCCGCGCUUUUCGAGUCCUUUUUCGCAGGCUUCCACAAAGUGUGUGGUGGCAAAGUCCUGGAGCUGUUCCAGCCCAACGAACUGCAGGCCAUGGUCAUUGGCAACACCAACUACGAUUGGAAAGAGCUUGAAAAGAGCACUGAGUAUAAAGGAGAGUAUUGGGCUGAAAAUCCAACCAUCAAGUUCUUCUGGGAGGUGUUCCACGAUCUCUCUUUGGAGAAGAAGAAGCUCUUUCUCUUGUUUCUCACAGGAAGUGACCGCAUUCCCAUCCUGGGCAUGAAAAGCCUGAAGCUGGUGAUCCAACCCACGGGAGGCGGGGAACACUACCUGCCCGUUGCACACACCUGCUUCAACCUAUUGGACCUGCCCAAAUACAGCAGCCGGGAGACGCUCCAAAACAAGCUUCUCCAAGCCAUAGAUCACAAUCAAGGUUUCAACCUGGCCUAACGAAUGGCACACAAGACAAUGCCUAGCUCCACCCAGACUGUCACAUGCACACGUCUUUGCCCCGUCAACUGACUCGAUUCGUGCUUUAAGACUGCAGCACUGUCACCGGCGUGAAAUGGAACAGACUAAGCAGCGUUUGCAGGUGGGCAAAUGUUUAUGCAAGAGGCUUGAGGGCUUUCUAUUUCAAGGCCAAUCUUUGCUUUGAUGUUUCAGCAUCAUUUACAAUUUCACACAUCACAAUAUUGAAGACCCAGUUGAGUUCAAAUUCAAUUCAUAUUGUUUGAUAUUUCUCUUGUAGAUUAGCUUUUACCCGUGUUUGGAUAUAAACCUGUCUAAAUAGGCCAAAGUUCUGGUAUAAAAUCUUUGAGCUCAGCUGGCACAAGAUAGCACUUGUUCAUGAAUUAAAAGAAUCUUCUACUUUGGCAAUUUCUACCAUGAAUAGAAAUUAAUCUACCAUGGUAGAAACAUGGUAUGAAUGUGAGCAUUUGAUGUUGCGUGGAUGUUCUUGGCUGUAAGCCUUAACUAGACAAAUAAAAAAUAAAACAUUACAGCCAUUGGUAUUGUGUGUAUGACCAAGUGUAUAUGAAUUUUGGCUUCAACUGUUAGAAUGCUGCUCUAAAUAAAACAUUGCAUUUUUGUGGAUAUUAUAGGCUAGUACCAACAUGAGUUUUGUUUAUCAAUUUAAUUCCUCUAAAAUGUGUAUUGCGAUAACACUUCGGUGCUUUAUAAUUACUUCCCUAACAUUACACUAAACUGUAGAUAACGCUCAUGUUAUACAUCACUUAAUGGAUUUCUAUUCCAUGUGUAUGUGGCAUUGGGGAAAGUAUGAUUGAAUGUAUACUGAAAAAUAACACAACAUGUAAAGUGUUGGUCCCAUGUUUCAUGAGCUGAAAUAAAAUAUCCCAGAAAUUUUC